GUUCGAUCGAGCCGCCACAUAUAAUACGGAACGCGCUUCGACCAUAAGGUGCGCCGGUGUCUCAUCCCUGUUCACAUUUUUCCCUUCCGUUUCCCUUGUCGUUCGUGAUGAAGCACGGACUCGCCCUCUCCAUCUCGCUCAGCUCCCUCUCGGUGCUACUUGCUCUCGCGUUGUGGGCCUCCAGCGGCUCCGCUACCACCCCCGUCAUCAAAGCCCCGACGUUCUCCAACCGGGUUAUACUCAUCCGGCACGGAGAGAAGGGUCGCCAGGAUCCACUGCCUGGGACGGAAACAGAGCCCGAACGAGAAAGUCGGUGGGGACCGCCUUGGGGACCUGGGCGUGGCGGAAAGGGCAAGUUCCCGAGCGGGUUGAACGACAAGGGACGUCAGCGAGCUCAGCACCUCCGGACGUUCUUUGGAAAGGACUCGGGGUACGACAUCGGUCUCAUCUUUGCCGCUCCGCGUGAGCUGCCGAAAGAGACGGAGAGGACGUACGCGACGGUCGCUCCAUUGGCGCAGGACCUGGGCCUGGAGAUCGACAUCGACUGCGCGGACGCCGAUGCUGACUGCAUCGUGUCCAAGGUCGAGGCCUUCGCGCAGAAGUCUUCAGCAGACAUCCUCAUAUCCUGGAAACAUCGCGAUUUGAACGUCAUUGCGACCGCUCUUGGAGCGAAGAACGCGAGGAAGCACUAUCCGGAUGAACGAUAUGACAUCGUCUGGACAAUGCAGGAUGGAGCCAUCGUCCAUAAGCAGUCCAUGCACUGCCCGGUCCUCGACGACAAUAGAGUAGACGAAGACGAUCCGGACUUGGAGAUCGAACCGCUCACCGGUUCUCGGUCUACUUGGGAUUGGAUCGCGAGAUGGGGAGGGUGGAGGGACGUGUGGAGGGCACAAAGGACGAUGAUCACACACAGCACGUAGAACUGAAUCAAAUGGGCUGUACGAGGUCUAUGUUCCACUCAGGUAUGACUUAGGUACAGAGGUCUGUCGUCUAUUCACUCCGGAAACCUCUCUCUGC